CUUCCUUACCGGCAUUUUAAGAGGAUCGUUCUCUUUCCUUUCGGAAGUCUCAUAUCGUCUCAGCUUUCUAUUUAUUUAUUUAUUGUGGAACGUUUUUAUUUUGAUAUCAACAUGCUUGGUCUUUGCCUUUAUGUGCCUGUUCCGAAUAUAGACCCGAUUGAAUUUGAAUAUUUUGAGUCAAAUGGACUACCAUCGGAGCUGAAAUCCCUCUUCAAGUUGAGUGUAUUUCUACCGUCUCAGGAAUUUUCAACAUACCAGAAAUGGAGAAAGAAAGCUGUUAAACACAAAGAGAAGGACUUGGAUGGACAGCUGGCCUUUGAAGAGUUUGUUCACUAUUUGCAAGAUCAUGAGAAAGAUCUGAAACUUGUCUUCAAGAGUCUCGACCAAAAGAGUUCAGGUCGUAUCGAUUCCAAAGAGAUCAUGCAGUCACUUCAGGACCUUGGAGUACGCAUCUCCCAGCAGCACGCCGAGAAAGUCCUGAAAAGUAUGGAUAAGAACGGAACAAUGACAAUCGACUGGAACGAGUUGAGCAAGUACAAUCUGCUGGAGCCUGCUGAACACAUCCCAGAGAUCAUCCUCUACUGGAAACACUCCACGAUCUUUGAUGUGGGUGAGAACAUGAUGGUGCCUGAUGAAUUCACCUCGGAGGAGAAGCUGACUGGGAUGUGGUGGAGACAUUUGACUGCAGGCGGAGGUGCAGGAGUCGUUUCGAGAACCUUCACCGCCCCUUUAGACCGGCUCAAAGUGCUCAUGCAGGUUCAUGGUUCCCGUAGCAACAACAUGUGUAUCAUGACUGGACUCACCCAGAUGAUCAAAGAGGGGGGCAUGAGGUCACUGUGGAGAGGGAAUGGGGUCAACAUCAUCAAAAUUGCCCCUGAAUCUGCUCUCAAAUUUAUGGCCUAUGAGCAGAUCAAACGCCUGAUUGGCAGCAACAAAGAGAGUCUUGGUAUUUUGGAGCGCUUCCUCGCUGGCUCUCUGGCUGGAGUCAUUGCUCAGAGCACCAUCUACCCCAUGGAGGUACUCAAAACAAGACUUGCCCUGAGAACAACUGGUCAGUACUCUGGGAUCACAGACUGUGCCAAGCACAUCAUCAGGAGGGAGGGACUGGGUGCCUUCUACAAGGGUUAUGUUCCCAACAUGUUGGGCAUCAUCCCUUAUGCUGGCAUUGACUUGGCUGUGUAUGAGACGUUAAAGAAUUCCUGGCUCCAGAAGUAUGGCACUAACAGCACUGACCCAGGCAUAUUAGUCCUGCUGGCUUGUGGCACAGUGUCUAGCACCUGUGGUCAGCUGGCCAGCUACCCCUUGGCUUUGGUACGCACCCGGAUGCAGGCACAAGCAACUUUUGAAGGCAGCCCUCAGUUGACCAUGUCUGGACUCUUCAAACAAAUCAUCAGGACCGAGGGGCCCACAGGUCUCUACAGGGGUCUGGCCCCCAACUUCCUUAAGGUCAUUCCAGCUGUCAGCAUCAGUUACGUGGUAUACGAGAACCUGAAGACGUCACUAGGAGUGACGUCGCGUUGAGGUGAUGGGGUCAGCAACAGACUGAGUAUGUUAGCCACCCCGACUGGGGUUUGGCUGUGGGAUUAUGGGAACGAUUGGACCCAAGGUUUAUGGAGCCAUCUCAUUCUAUGAAUGUCAGAGGAUGGAAGGUGGGCGAGGUACAGGAUUAUGAAAUGCCAAGAUCAAUGUUAUCGACUCUGUGAGCUGAAACGAAGGGGAACCCUCCCUCAUUAUGACAGAUGCUGCUAUUUUAGAAGAGCAAUAAGAUAUUACUGCAACUCUACAGAGAAUGUUUGUAAUGCUCUGUACUUGAGGACCAAAUGUAUUGUGUGUCCACAUUUAAACUGCAGUCCAGUUUGCAUCCCAUGUUAACACUACUUUAGCUGUGCCCUGUGAAAAUGCUGUUAUGCCUACAAUGUAUCCAGAAACAGUUCUUGCAAUUUAAUGGUUUCACAAAAUUGUUUUGUUUUUGAUACUUCCUCCGGGCAAAUGCAUCCCUUCUCAAUAGCAAGAUCUGCUACUUUUGAGCCAAUUAAGUUUACAAAGUAAGUUUAUUUUAUGAAUAAGAAACGUAUUUGUGUCCAUACAAUAUUUAUUUUGUGUUAUAUGUUGCCUGUUGAGAGCAGUUUCUUACAACCUGAAACAUUGGAAGUGCACAUUUAAGUGCAUUUUAUUGCGUCAUGAAAGUACUUGACUGUGAUUGUACAUUUGCUCCUAUGUAAUUCAAAAAUAUUGUUAUUGGAUGAGAUUCAUUAAGUUGCUUGUUCAGGGAAAACUUUGUAACCGUUUGUGUUUUGAAGACAUUUGAAACAUUGAAAACAACGUUUGUUAAAAAAAAAAUGGUGGCUUCAUAGUUUAGUAACACAAAUGCACUUUAAUCAAAUGCUGGAGACACCUUUAUGAAUGUAAUUGAACUUCAAAAGUUGGUAGGAUUCCUAACUUUUCAAAAUACUUUUUUAUUGUAAUUUUUUAUUAUACUUUUGGUUCAAAUAAAUGCAAAAUAUUCAAA